UCCUGGCCUCUGGCGAUGAUUGUCCAUGGGUGGUCGUUGGAUGGCAAGAUAGAGACCUGGAUGCGGCAGAUGGCAGCUGCGCUGAAAUCUGGGUUGGCCGAGCCAGUGAAUGUGGUGCUGGUGAACUGGAUCCCGCUGGCUCAUCAGUCUUAUCCCAUCGCCGUUCUUAACACCCGCCUUGCGGGCCAGGACAUAGCGACUCUGCUCAAGUGGCUGGAGGAAACUGUGGGCCUUUCUCGAAGCAAGGUUCACCUCAUUGGGUUCAGCCUGGGUGCCCACGUCUCAGGAUUCGCAGGCAGCUACAUCGGGGGAAAGCACAAAAUUGGGAGGAUCACAGGGUUGGAUGCCGCGGGCCCUUUGUUUGAGAAAAAGCCCCCCCAAGAUCGCCUUUCUCCAGACGAUGCCAACUUUGUGGAUGCCAUUCACACCUUUACGAAGAAGUACGUGGGCAUGAGAAUAGGCUUCCAAGAGCCCAUCGGGCAUUAUGAUUUCUACCCCAAUGGGGGCACCCAGCAGCCUGGAUGCCACAUCCUGGAAAUGUACAAACACAUAGGCCUGCAAGGCUUGAAAGGCAUUCUCAAGACCUUAAAAUGUUCCCACGAGAGGGCGGUGCACCUGUUCAUCGACUCCCUGAAGCACAACGACCAGCAGAUGAUAGGCUACCAGUGCACGGACAUGGAGCGCUUCAAACAGGGCCUGUGCCUCCACUGCAGGAAGGGCCGUUGCAACACGAUGGGGUACCACAUCCGCCAGGACCGGCCCAGCAAGAGCAGGAAGCUCUUCCUCAUCACCCAAGCCCAGUCCCCCUUCAAAGUUAAUCACUACCAAUUCAAGAUCAAAUUCAUCAAUGAAAUUGUGAAACCAGUAGAACCGACCUUGAGCAUGUCACUGCUUGGAACGAAAGGAGAGAAGCAGAACAUCCGGGUCACCCUGGGUGAGCACAUCGUCAGCAAUAAGACCUACAGCUUCCUCCUCACGCUCGACUUGGAUAUCGGCGAGCUGAGCAUGAUCAAGUUCAAGUGGGAAACCAAGAAGGUGUGGACCCAAGUCUGGAACAUUAUCCGCUGGGGUCCAGCCCACUACAAUCCAGGCCUCACUCUGAAGACCAUCCAAGCCAAGGUCGGGGAUACCCAGCAAAGAAUGACAUUUUGCUCAGAAAAUACGAGUAAUCCACAACUUCACCCAAACCAAGAGAAAAUCUUUGUGAAAUGUGAAGAAAACUUGAAAAAAAUGAAGCGAAAGAGCAGAACUUAG